GGAAAAAGAAAAAGGAGGGAAAUAUCCGGCCGUCGAAAGGAUGUGGGCAAAAGUACGCGAAAUCCCAGUGACGAACCUCGUGCCGACCCUCCCGUGCCUCCUCGGACCCUUCCAGGAGCCAUCCCUGGACUCGAAACACGGGGGGAGCUCGACGAUCGUGCCCAUUCCCGGGAAUGCAGGCCACAUGGUGACCCUCGUGCCGUCCGAGAAGAAGCUGGUGGUCUGGGAUGCCCACCGGGCCGUCCCCGUGCGCACGCUCGUGGGCGUCCCCGAGCCGAAGAUGCUGAAGAUGGUGGAUGCCUUCAGGGGGGUGCUCCUCAGCGGGAGGGAGCUGUUCGUCGUGGACCUCAACGAGGGGAAGAUCGAGAACAAGCUGAAGGGGAUGAUGAAUCAGAAGCUGCCGCUGUACGCGCUGCAGGACUCGAACCACAUCGUGGCCUUGGCCCGGAACCGCAUGUACGUGAACCUGAUCCACCUGAACACGGGGGACGUGGUGUCCACGUUCAAGGUCGGCGAGGACCGGUUCCUCAACUCCCUCAUCGUCUCCGACAACGGGAGGCUCUGCGUCUGCGGGGACGAGACUCAGAAGCCCUUCCCUCUCCUCGUCUGGGAUCUGGAGAAAAGGAAACUGAUCUUCGACCUCCGGAUCCCCCAUCACGAGUUCCUCACUCAUCUCACGGGGAUCACCAAGGAGGGGCAUUACGUUGCCUGCGCGUGCAGGGAGGUGGACGGGAACGAUCCCGUUUUCAUCGUCGUGUACGACCUUCAGAACGGCACGCCCUUCAAGCGCAUGAAACCGGGUCAAAGUUUCCAUUCCCUGGCCAUCUCCAGUCCAUCGGUCGCGGGAGGAGGCGCAAAGGGGGCAGUUCCUUCCAGCCCGUCGAGAGAUCAGGGGAAUCUCGUCCUGUGUGGGCUCGAAGACUCCCGCAUCCUCGUUUGGGAUCUCAUCACAGGGAACCUGAAAUGGACCCUGAGAGGUCACCGAGCCGAGGUCGACGUGCUCUGUCUCGACAACGAGGGAGAGAUUUGCCUCAGCUAUCACUCCAGGGGGAAAGACCCGACGAUCCGACUCUGGAACCUCGGCACAGGUGAGGAAAGGCUCCAUCUCGUGCACGUUUUGCCCCUCGUGGCGCUCACGCACGGUCGAUGCGAUCGCGCAGGGAACAUGAUGGCGUGCUUCACCCCGGACGGAGUGAUCAGCGACUGCAAGAUCUCAGGGGACGGGAGGGCGGUCUUCGCAACAUUCCAGUCGUCCGGAGCUCAGUUGGUGACCCUAUGGCUUCACGACGACCAGGGGGAAGGCGACGGGAAGGUGGUCAUCCCCCCAACACCCCCGCUCGACUACGGCGAUCCUGCCAAGGCCGGCGCCGAGAUCGAGAUCACUCUGCCGAGA